UUGAGACAUACAUUGUUUAUUAGAAUUCUAUCUAAAUAGUUUAAUAUGAUUUUGAUAUUACUGAUUUUAAUAGUUUUUCUGUCGUUACCAGUUGUAUUUUGGAAGUACAAAAAAAUACAAUAUAGAUCUUUGAAAAAUGUGCCUGGACCAGAGCCUUAUCCAAUUUUGGGUAAUGUCUUUCCAAAAAGCCCACAAGAGAGUCUGAAUCUAUUAUUAAAAUACGUAAAACAAUACGGAAACAUAUACAAAUUAUGGAUUGGACCAAAUCCGAGUUUAGUAAUUACAAAUCCGGACAUGGUGGAAAAAAUUCUCACGUCCAACAUUCACAUUACCAAAAGCAAAACAUACGAUCUCGUCAAACCUUGGAUCGGUUUGGGUCUCCUUGUACAAACAGGUUUUAAAAAAAAUAUGAUUUUUGUAAAUUUCUUUGUUGUGGGUAAAAUUUUAGGGGCGUACUGGAAAGCCAGGAGGAGAAUGAUCACACCCUCCUUCCAUUUUCAAAUUUUGGAGCAAUUUAUGGACGUUUUCAACAGUUCCAGUGACAAUUUGGUUAAGAAACUAGAAACUGCGGUUGGAAAAACCGAACUUGACAUCUAUAAUUACGUUAAUUUACAUUCCCUUGACGUGAUAUGCGAAACUUCAAUGGGAACCAAAGUUAACGCUCUAGAUGAUCAAAACCAGAACCAAUACGUACAAGGUGUGAACAAAAUGUUACAAAUCUUUGGAAAUCGUUUUUUCACACCAUGGAAACGUAUUGAAUUCCUAUUCACGACAUUCGCAAGUGACGGUCCAAUUUAUAAGAAAAUCAUCGAAGUCUCCCAAAAUUUCACCAACUCAGUCAUCCAACAAAAAAUGGCAAACCAAAAGCAAUCUACAGAAACCUGGGACGAUUGUGGAAUUAAGAAAAAAAUUGCAUUAAUAGACACACUAAUUAAGCCAGAAAAUCGAUUAACACAAGAGGAAAUUAGGGCAGAAAUCGAUACCUUUAUGUUUGAGGGCCACGACACAACUUCCUCGGGAACUUCCUUCAUGCUAUACAACAUAGCAAACAACCCUCAGGUCCAGCAGAAACUCUAUGAAGAAAUACAUUCGGUAAUUGGUGAUGAAUGUGACAUCACAAUAAACAAUUUGAACGACAUGCCCUAUUUGGACAUGGUGUUGAAAGAAUCCCAACGAUUACAUAGUUCAGUUGUGAGCAUCGAAAGAAUUUUGGAAACGGAUUUCGAUUUGGAUGGUUUAUUUUGUCCAAAGGGCACGACUUUAGCCGUCUUUAUUUUAGGCAUGCAUAUGAACGAGAAAAUCUUUCCGGAACCACACAAAUUCGAUCCGGAGAGAUUUUUACCGGAAAAUAUUUCCAAGAGGCACAAAUUCGCUUAUGUCCCCUUCAGUGCAGGACCAAGGAACUGCAUCGGUCAAAAGUUUGCUAUUUACGAAAUGAAAACUACGAUUAUUAAAGUGUUGCAAAAUUACGAAUUGUCGCCAGUCCCCGGACAUAAAUUAAGUCUGGGAUUCACAGGAGUGCUUAAAUCUGACACUGGUAUCAAAGUGCGAUUGCAAAAACGUUUGCGGUAAUUUAUUAAUACGGUUUAAAGUUAGAUUUAGUCGACGUAAAUAUAUCUUACCCAUUCUAAAAUUCUGUCGUCGAUUAACGAUUUAUUUUCAUCAAAGAAAUUGAGAAUUAAUCCUAAAACUGAAUUUCUCCUCAAUUCAUGGAGACAAAAUUCGAGUUUGCUUUGUUCAAUUUCAGUAAUCAAAGUUAGCAGAAAACCAUUUUUUACGUUCGAGGUUUGUUUUAUAAUUUCUUUUAUGAAUGUCUUCAUUUUAUCGCCAAAUUCGUCUUUAUAUUUUAACGUGUCUUCUAAGAUCUUUCGUGACAGAAUCACGCUAAUUUGUGUUACGAUAAAUAAGACAAAAAUUCGUCUGGUUGUUGUCAUGUCUAUGAAAUGUGUAGAACUAUCAUAAGUAUCAAUUACAUUAGGUGUAAUAUAUAAAAUUGUGGUGUCAAGUUGUCAAUGAUUUUCAAUAAAUAUCCUCCUGUUAUUUAAUCAGUUAAUACAGGAUUGAAGAAAUUGA